AUGAACAAAAUGGUCCCCAAGAAGGGGCACAAGCGCCCCAAGCAUGGCAAGCCCAGCAAAGAUGUCAAGAAGCAAGAUACAUUGACGCGCCUACCCCGAAAGCGCUUCUACCGUCAGCGAGCGCAUGCGAACCCUUUCUCUGACCACUUCCUCGAAUACCCUAUUUCCCCGGCCCAUAUGGACUGGUCACCAUACUACCCGGCCUACGUGGACGAGACAGCGAUAACUCAAGAGUCGAUACCGGGACCCAAGGCCCUGACCAAGGAUGUCGAAGUGGUAGACAUUGGCUGUGGCUUUGGCGGUCUCCUUAUGGCUCUGUCACCAGCCAUGCCUGACAAGCUGCUACUCGCUCUAGGCCUCGAAAUCCGAUCACAAGUCGCCGAAUUCGUGCGGAAGAAGAUCCUGGCUCUGCGCGCCCAGGACCCCGAUGGUCCCUACCAGAACGCAGCAUGCGUGCGCGCCAACACCAUGAAGUUCCUGCCCAACUUCUUCAACAAGGCUCAGCUGACCAAGGUCUUCAUCUGCUUCCCCGACCCGCACUUCAAGGCGCGCAAACACAAGGCGCGCAUCGUCUCCAUGACGCUAAACUCCGAGUACGCAUAUGUCAUGCGACCGGGAGGCAUCAUCUACACCAUUACCGACGUUGAGUCGCUGCACGAGUGGAUGGUCGACCAUCUCGAGGCUCACCCGGCGUUCGAGAGGCUCUCCAGGGAAGAGGAAGAGGCCGACGAAUGCACAAAGAUUAUGAGAAGCGAGACGGAGGAGGGCAAGAAGGUGGAGAGGAACAAUGGGCAGAAGUUUGUUGCACUCUUCCGCAGGCUGGAAGAUCCUCCGUGUUUGGUUGUCGGUCUUGACUCUUUUUGCUCUUUCCAUCAUUCCUGCCUCGUAUCCGUUAUCGUGGCAUGUGACGUUUUCGACACGCACAACAAGGGUCCCCUCCUCCACACUCCUGGAGCUGCCAACACAUCACCACUCGACCUUCUCCCGACCCCUCCAUCGAAAGAACGUAAACGAGGAAAAAAUAUAUAUACGCUAGACUCGUUUGACCAUGCAAUCCGAGCUUCUGUCACGGCCAUGGCGCUGAAGCGACGAGAUGCGGCUCUUGCGGCCACAGCUGCCUUUGUUGCGUGGGGCUACGCUGUGAGCUGGCUUCCGGCCCUCCGCUGGGUAGGCCACGCCCUCGUCACCGGCUUCGUGGCCGCUGUGCUCGGCUUGGUAGCCACCCUCGUCCUCGUCUCUCAGAAACCUGUACAGCGACGGCCCCGGCCGGCCGGCGCCUUCUUCACGGGCGCUGCAGCAUGGCGCACCGAGGUGGCUGCCCUGGGUCGUCGGGAGGAAUACGAGCGGUCGACCCUCUUCUCGGAGUCAACAAAGGUGUCGCAUGCUAUCGACCACGUCCUCGACCUCGUGCUAGGGGACUUUGUCAUCGGGUGGUACUCCAACAUCAGCCCCAACCCGUGCUUUCCCAACGAGGUGGACCGGGCGAUACGUCAGGCCUUGUCGAGCAUUUAUGAGUCCCUAGGUGAAAAGGACCUGGUGGACGUUGUCACCAGCCGCCUCGUUCCGUUGCUGACGGCUCACUUCCGCGAUUUUUACGACGCCGAAAAGGCCGUGCGCGGCCGCAAGCUCAACCGGUCCGUCACCGAGUCCGAGGAGCUCGACCUGGCUGUUGCCUCCAAGUUCCGUGACGGUCGCCUGCACCCCGCCGCCUCCUUAUCGUUCCCAGACACCAAGAUGAUCCAGCAAGACUAUCUGCGGUCGCUGGUCUCUCGCAUCCUUCCCAAGGUGCUGCCGCCCAGCAUGCUCGCCAGCCGCGUCGUCAGCUCCCUUGUCCGCGAGAUCGUGGCCUGCGCUGUUCUAUUCCCAGUUAUCCAGCUACUCGCUGAACCGGACACCUGGAACCAGGUCAUGGAGAGGUCGGGCCGCUCCUUGCUGCAGGACCGCUCUACCGUCCGCAAGCUCCGUGCCGCCCUCGACCAGCAUGCCCUGCCCAACCCCAAGGCUAGAAAACAGGUCAUCAUGCCACGCAUCACUCCGGGAGACAGUGAGCGCAAGUUUGAAAAGUUCGUCCGUGGCAUCCGCAAGGUCAACAACCUGUCUGAUGCGCGCCGCUUCCGCAGCGAGGUCAGCAGCCAGCUCAAGCGCGACUCCCUCAUGGACGACCCCGACCCUGUCUACAUACGCCGCCUCGAGAUGGGCAAGCGCCUCCUCGAUGUAAGGGUUGCCCAGCUUGCUGCUGGCGGAGACCGCAGGGCCAUGCCCCCUGCUCCGCCACCCGGCCCUAUGCCUUCUGCCUCCUCGCCGCUGGAGAAUUGCUCCCUGCAGGAGCUCCUGCGUGACUCGUCUGGUCUCUCGUACUUUAUGGAGUACAUGGACCGCCAGGGCAUGAUGUCUCUUGUCCAGUUCUGGCUCGUCGCUGAUGGCUUCCGAAAUCCACUGGAAGAUGAAGCACAGGACGAUGAGCAGCUGCCGUCGACUCUGCCAAAAUGGACAGACUCUGACCGCAUUGACCUACAGCAGGUCUACCAGGCAUACCUCUCCAAAACAGAGCUCAGCGUUCCAGACGCAUCGAUCCGCGUCAUCAAGGAGUUUCUACAAUCCGGCAAGGCUGCCACACCUGAGCAGUACUACAAGGCCAGGAGAGCGGUGCUCAGAGCUCAGACGGCUGUUCUGGACCAGAUGAAGAACCGCUUCUUCCAAGCAUUUAAGAAGUCGGAUCUGUUUUACAAGUGCCUUGCUUCCCAGGAGGCGGCGAAAAGCAGGUCUGCGCCGGCCCCGAUCCCCGAACCCAGUCAAGCCCCCGCUGCGCGACCCGAGUACCACGCAUCAUCAUCGUACCAGACCAAACCGAAACCUAUAUCACGCCUGACAGCUCCGCAGCCAAGCAAGACCGUCCGCGCAGACUCAGCGACAGAUUUGAGAUCUCUGGGCAAAAAUGCCGACAAGCUGCCGAUCGGUACACGGAGGUCUUUGGAUGAGGGCGCUUCAACCCCUCUAUUUGAUGAUGAUGACAUAGAUAACGACCCCAUGAUCGACUCAGUCCACAGCCUGGAUCAGAAUCGCGAGCAGGCCCCCGAUACACAGGUCGUCGAAGCCGUAGAGCAGGCCCUGAACAGCAUCCUGGACGACGAUAAUCGGCCCCAGUCUGCAGAAGACCUCCGCGCAUCGCUAUUUGGUAGCGUCGAAGAGGGCGGCAAGGCACCCAGCAUCAUGUCUGCACGGGAUAGAGAUAACUACUCCCACCGAGGGUCCAUGGACUCUGGCCAUCAAGUUGGCCCUCUGCAGGCUGGCAAAGAGGCCGAGAAGCCCAGCCUUUCUUCCCUCGGCCUAGUCAGUGCGGCAUCGAGGAUUGGCGUGUUUGUGGACGACGACCUAUUCGGCGAUGAAGAUAAAUAUGUAGCCGAGGAAGAUGACGAGGAGAACGACGAGGAACCCGUCGACGGCGAUGAAGAGGUGCACGAGGCUGCACCCGGCGACCUGGGUCUGGCAGAGGCCAUCACUGCUCUCACAAACGAUAUUGACCGGCUCGCUUCGCAGGAGGCCGUUGUGCAGUCUCUUACGAGGAAGGCCGAACUCACAAACAACACGGCCGAGCUGCGGAUUCUCAAAAAGUCCAAGGCCAGCCUGCAGAGGGAGAUACGCCACAAGGAGCUUCAGCGCCAGCAGUACGUGGUGCAGGAGAGCGACAACAGUCUCUACGGCCGGUCGACAGUCCGGAUCAAGUCGAUACAGGUCGGCAGGGAAGACGACGGGCGGGAGUUUGCCCUCUACGUGGUGGAGGUGCAGCGCAACGCGGGCGAGCAGAUGCCGGCGGCGUCAUGGAUCGUGACGAGGCGGUACAGCGAGUUUCACGAGCUACACCAGAAAUUACGAUCUCGGUACCCCUCGGUGCGAAACCUCGACUUCCCCCGGCGUCGGGUGGUGAUGAACUUCCAGAGCGAGUUCCUGCGCAAGAGGCGUGAGGCGCUCGAGAAGUACCUCCGAGGCCUGUUGCUUCUGCCCGACGUCUGCCGCAGCCGCGAGAUGCGCGCGUUCCUGUCUCAGAGCGUCAUAUCGGAGGGUCAAGAUGUGAUGGACCGCGAAGACAAGAAGGACAUGAUGACGCGGCUCUACGACUCGGUGACGGACGGCGUGGAUGACAUACUGGGCAACAUACCGGUGCUGGACCAGCUCUCGAUGGCUGGGCAGAACUUGGUGGCCGCCGCCACAGGCCAGCUCAACCAGGUGCCCUUUACCGUCAACGAGGAGGCGUUCCCGGCGGCAGAGGCAGAGGCCGAGCUGAACGCCUUUGAGAAUAAGGAGCUGGAGCCAUUCAUCAAGCCCAUCUGCGACAUCUUCCUCGAGGUGUUCGAUCUCAACAAGGGCAACAACUGGCUCCGGGGGCGCGCCGCCGUCGUCGUGCUCCAGCAGCUACUGGGCGGCACCAUUGAACGUAAAGUCCGCGACAAUGUCAGGGUGCUGGUCCAGGAGGACAGCAUCCUGCGCUAUCUGGGUAUGCUGGAGGAGAACCUCUGGGUCGAUGGCAGUUUCAACCGCGAUCGGAAGCCCAGGCUGCCCGCCGAGAAGGAGAAGACAAGAAAGGAAGCAAGCCUCAUGCUUGCCACGCUGGUGCCCGACCUGGCCGGAAGCGUGGUGGGGAGGGUCAACGCACAGGCUGCUAGUCGACGCAUCUUUGCCACUCUCAACAACUCUCGACUCAAGUAUGUUGCUCAUCUCGUCUUUACAAUACUGGACGAGAUUGUGUCUAUAAUAUUUAAUGAAUAG